CAUUGCCUUCAGUCUGAGUUCAUGUCAAGAUGUACGACCCACAGCGCUUCUACCUGCUUUUCUACAUGGCCUUGGCAGCAACAACCAUCCCAGUUUCUUCAGGCUUCAACAUUGACACAGCAAACCCUACUGUUCAUUCUGGAGACCCUGAACAUUUUUUUGGGUACAAAGUGCUUCAGUACAUGUCGCCCAGGAACAAAGGGAUCAUUGUCACCGCGCCGCUGCGGCUAAAUGGAUCAGGUGGAAUAUUCAAGCACGACCAGGAUGAAACUGAAAAGUGGUUCAGUCCUAAUGAUUCUUCUGAGACAUAUCCACAUACAGCCAGGCAUCUCGGCUUGUCAUUAGCUGCAGAUUCUACAAGAACCCGAUUUAUUGCUUGCAGUCCAAGUCUGGCUCAUCCAUGCGAUGAGAACGUCUACCUGAACAGUUUGUGUUAUAACGUCACCAAUGAGUUUCAGCAGCUGUCUUCAUUUACACCUUUGUUCCAAAAAUGCACAAAAAAGGCAGUAGACCUUGUGUUUCUGUUUGAUGGAUCCGAAAGAAUGACUGGAGCAGAGUUUAACGAAAAUAAAAUAUUCAUAAAAACCGUAAUGAAGAGCCUUAAAAAUACAACUGUCAAGUGUGCAUCAGUUCAGUUCUCGACAGAUUGCAGGAAAGUCUUUGACUUUAAUGACUAUGUUGCUGGCACUGCUAUAAAGAAACUUGAUGAAGAACAGCAUAUGAAGGCUCUCACCAACACCCACAAAGCCCUCAAGUUUACGCUGUCGGAAAUCUUGGAAAACCAAGCAGCAGGAGCCUCAAAAGAUGCAACUAAAGCUGUGGUGAUAAUCACAGAUGGAGAUCCAAGUGAUCUUGAUACAAGACUAAAGAGUGUUGAAACCUAUGAACGUAAAAAGAUCAUUCGAAUUGUCAUUGGGGUCAAAAAUGUUGCUUUAGACAAUCUGAAAAAGCUUGCAUCAGAGCCAAAAGAAAAGAACGUCUUCCAGAUUGAGAACUAUUGGGGACUCCAAGGAUUACUGGAAAAUUUACAAAAACAGAUCUUUACUAUUGAAGGAUUUAAUGUGAGUCGAGCUGAUAAACUGACGAAUGAAAUGUCACAAAGUGGAUUCAGUGCUGUCUCACACAAGGAUACCUUGAUUCUGGGCUCGGUGGGAUCAAACAGCUGGCGGGGAGCUCUCAAUGAGCCUCAGAAACAAGAUAAAAAGAUUUUGGACCCAAAUAUGCAAGAUGACUCCUACAUGGGAUACUCUCUCUCUGUUGGAGAGAGGAAUGGCAAACCUCUAUAUUUCACGGGUGCACCACGUUUCAACCACAUGGGACAGGUUAUAGUUUUCCAACCUGAUGACGACGACUGGAAACCAGUCCAAAGAAUUACAGAGGACCAGGUUGGUUCCUAUUUUGGAGCAGAGCUGUGCUCUGUAGACAUUGACUCAGACGGUAACACUGAUUUCCUGCUGGUUGGAGCGCCACAGUUUUACCUGGCCGAGGAGAAAAAGGAGGGAAUGAUCUACGUCUACUCUCUAUCUGAUGAGAUGAAACUACAAAAGGUGUUUCAAGUGCGAGCACCAUCCAUGGGUAGAUUUGGCACCACCAUAUCCAGUCUUUCAGAUCUAAAUGGAGAUGGUCUGCGAGAUGUUGCAGUGGGAGCCCCCCUGGAGGAGGAUAACACAGGAGCAGUUUACAUCUACCUUGGACAUGGAGGUGUUGGGAUGCGUUACAUUUUCAGCCAGAGAAUCACAGGAGCAGAUUUCAGCCCCAGGUUGAGGUUCUUUGGACAAGCCAUUAAUGGAGAUAUUGAUCUUGGAGAUGAUCGGCUGCCGGAUAUUGUGGUGGGAUCAAAAGGUUCUGCAGUUGUCUUAAGGUCCAAGUCCGUACUAAAUGUCAAGACUAGCCUGUCAUUUUAUCCUAAUGUGAUAAGCAUCCAGGAGAUCAACUGCUUGGAGGAGAAUGAAAUUUUACCAAUGGUCACCGUACGGGCUUGCUUUGAAAUGGCAGAAGCAACAAACAGCACAGCAGAGAAAAGGAUCAACAUCUCAGUGAUGCUCAAUGUGGAUUCAACAAGGUCGCUGUAUCGAGGUUUCUUCAAUGAAAACAAGAAAAGCAGGAAUACUACACACACCUAUGAGCUGACUGGCAGAGACACAUGCUUCAACUAUUUUAUCUACAUGAAUAAAUGUGUAAAAGACACAUUAUCUCCUGUAGAAAUCAAUUUAAACUUUUCUCAACCUGAUGCUGAGAACGCAAGUGCCAUCCUUAACGUGGACAGCUAUACACGGGCUGUGGUCAAGGUUCCUUUUGAAAGGCAUUGUGCCAAAAAGGAAAUCUGCAUUGCUGAUCUUAAAGUGGAUUUUAAUUUCAUGAAAGGGGAAGUAUUGGUAACAGAAAAUACCGUAUUCAGCGUGUUGAUAAGGCUGGAUAAUAUUGGUGAUGACUCGUACAAUACCAGCCUGACAAUGCACUACUCUCCAGGCCUCUCCUUCUCAAUAAUGGAGCUAACAGGGACUAAGAAACUAACUUACAUCUGCACUGGUCUAGAAGAUGUGCCUGACAAAACUGUUUGUGGCAUCAGCCUUCCUGUGUAUCGCAGCAAAUCCUCCGCCACGUUUAAUGCUACUUUUCGCGUUGCCAGAGACUUUGAGUGGAAUGAGACAUUGUCGAUGUCGGUCUCUGCACAAAGUGAAAAUUCAAACUCCAGCGAGCCAGUUUCUGUGACCAAAGCUUCUCGUGUAACAUAUGCAGUCAAACUGGCAAUGGCAGUAAAUGACAAAACUGUCACUCAUAUGAACUUCACUCCAGAAACACAUGAACCAAAAACGAUGGCUAUUAUAUAUAAUAUAAACAACACUGGUUUUAAGGAUUUUCCCAUCAAUGUAUCCUUGUUCUUCCCAAGUAAACUGGAACACAACUUUGAAGUGAAAAACUAUAAAGUGAUUGUCGAGCAGAACAAAACUCAGUGCUCAGUCAUUUCCAACCUAAAACCUGAGGACUGCCCACUGAAAGAAAACUGCAUUGCCAUGAAGUGUGAUACUUUUACACUGAAGAAUUAUUCAGGAGUUCAGUUCACCCUGGAGGGACUUGUGCAUUUCCAAAAUCUGAAAAACCAUAAUACGCCCUUUCUGAAACAAUACACUGGAGACGGAGGAGAGGUCAGUUUUAAGAGCUUCAUAAAAGUUCACUACGAUGGUGCUAAAUACAUAGUGACUUCUCACAAAAACGAGAACAAUAAGGGGAGCUACACAGUGAAGGAAUCGAAAGCGUCAGUUCUGGUUGAGUUCAUAGUUCCCCCAAAUAAACUGCUGAUCAUUUUGACUGGAGUGAUCCUGGGAAUGAUGCUUCUGAUCCUACUCAUAUUCAUCUUGUGUAAGCGUGGCUUCUUCAAGAGAAAAACCAUUCAGGAUUACGAGGAACAAGAAGCUGAACUCUCUGCUCAGAAUGGAUGUCUGUCUGAGUCAUCUCAUGAAGUCGAACAAGCUGAAGAGGAAAACGAGCUUCUUAACGAAGCCGCGAACAAACCCGAGCAAGCUGAAGAGGAGAAAGAGCCUCUUAACGAAGACGAGAAAAAGGACAGCCUCUUAACUAUUUCAGAAUGAGGCCAUGUAACACACGAUCAUUUGGGGAGAACCAAUUCAAACAUGGAGGUUGGGAGUAAAAUUUAACUAUUAAAGUGAAAUGAGAAUGAAUAAUUUAGUAAACUUGUCAGAUUUGCAAUGAUCGGAUUUGUUUAAUUAAAAAACUGAGGCAUAAAUUUGCUCAACUAUAUGAAUCAGGACUUUAGGCAUAGUUUCUACUUAGGCAACAUUUUCUAUGAACCAGGGUUACUUUACUAGAGCCAUUAUUUACUUCUCUUCAUUUCCACUGUAGAGUAGAAACGUACCCCACAAAACAGUGUCAGAAGGGAGGUAGGAGCUCCACCCCAUGAACCUUUGGAGUGGAGCUUGUGGGAGGAGGGUGCACAGCAUUUCUCAAUGUAGGAAUAUUAUCUGGAUUAUAUUUCUCGCAUCCAAGUCUAAACUCUUCUUGUUCAUAUUUUCUGGUAACUUUUUGUUGUGAUGCACUUUAAAUCAAGGGUUUGUGCUUUUGGGCCUCUGUGAAGACGACAGGAGGAAGUGUUCUAGUUAGGGUAAUGUUUUUAUGCUUUUAGAUUUUAAGGCACAAAUAGAAACCACAACCUCCCAGGACUGUGGAUCAUUGUGAAGUAUUCUUUUGGGACGUGGCACUGGCUUCAUUUAUUAAACAUCUGUUGAUGUUGUAAGUGUUAAAGAGGCUCUAAUAGAAUCACAUGAUUUGGCAUGAAAAGGGGAUGCUCAAUUUAAACUUUUUUGAAAAAGGAGCAUAUUUUUUAUCCUGUGUUGGAAGUGUGCCCCCCCCCCCCCCCCCC